GGCCUAAAACAACAGAAUUUCAAUAGCAAAUCUUUUAUUAAGCACAAGCUGCACAACGACACAGCCAGCCAACUGAACUCACUUCUACAAAUGUUGAGAGCAAUCUCUCUUACACGAGCCCACUUGAGAUCUCCCACACUAACUCUCAAACCCUCUCUAUUCACACUUGUUGUCAAUUCUCCAUAUUCCUCAUCUCUGUCAGACCAUCCAAGUAAUGUCGACGUAGACAAGGGCCGGUUAGUCGACGUCGCUACACUCUUGAACAGAGACCCAGAUGACCCUCCCAGACUCUUCUUGGUCCAGCCUCGCCUCAGGCCUCCCACUUUCUUGCAAGCUAAGCUCAACGAAGCCCUUUGUCUCGCUAACUCUCUCGAAGAACAGCGUGAUGGCUACUUUAAUACUGAUUUUUUUGAUAAAGCUUUGCCGCCGCAUGUCGUUGUUCAAAACCCAGCUCUUAAAUCGGCCAAACCUCGUGCAGACACAUACUUUGGACCGGGGACGGUGGAAAAUGUCAAAUGCCACCUAAAUGCUGCCGAAGCUAAGGAAGAAGUAGAUGCCGUUUUUGUGAAUGCCAUUUUGUCCGGAGUUCAGCAAAGGAAUUUGGAGAAAAUUUGGGAAAAACCAGUUUUAGAUCGUGUGGGCCUUAUAAUAGAGAUAUUUAAUGCUCAUGCCCAUACAAAGGAGGCAAAGCUGCAGGCUGAAUUAGCAGCACUUAUGUACAAGAAGAGUAGGCUUGUUCGUACACGUAGCUCUGAUGGGCGCAGUACUUUUGGAGUGACUGGGGAAGCUGAAGUUGUCAGUGCUCGAGGGAGAGGAAGUGGAGGACGUGGCUUUAUUAGUGGUGCUGGAGAAACUGAACUUCAACUUCAACGGCGGAGAAUCUUAGAGCGGAGAAGUCAAUUGUUGACUCAAAUUGAAGAGGUUCGUCGUACUCGAGCUUUGCAACGAGCUGCUCGGAGGAGACAUGGGGGAAUGUAUGGUCAAGUUUUAGCCACUGUUGCUGUUGUUGGGUACACAAAUGCUGGAAAAUCUACGCUAGUUAGUUCACUCUCUGACAGUGAUCUGUAUAGAGAUGCAAGAUUGUUUGCAACAUUGGAUCCUAGAUUAAAGAGUGUUUACCUUCCUUCAGGGAGGAAAGUUCUCCUUAGUGAUACAGUGGGGUUUAUAUCUGAUUUGCCUGUACAGUUGGUGGAUGCAUUUCAUGCAACCUUGGAAGAAGUGGUAGAAGCUGACCUCCUUGUGCAUGUAUUAGACUGCACUGCCCCUAAUCUUAAUGAGCAUCGGGCAGCAGUGUUGCAAGUUCUUCAGCAAGUAGGAGUUUCGGAGGAGAAGCAGAAGAAUAUGAUUGAAGUCUGGAAUAAGAUUGAUUAUUAUGAUGAAGAAACGAGUGACAAUGAAUAUGAAAAUGACGGUGAGGUGCAUAGCUUGUCAGGAGAAGAGGAUGAAGAUUUAGCUUCUGAGCCAGUGGAUGGAGAAGCCGUGGAUAGUUGUGGUGCUGAUGAUGCUGAAAAAAGUGAUGAGAUUGUUUCUGAGUCAUCACUCAGGGACAACCGAGGUGAUUACUCUGAUGGAUGGUUGCUGUCAGAAGAUGAGCAACAGAAUGUGGAUGAAUACUGGAAGAGUCCAGAUGACCAACCGAGUGAGCCAGCUAAAAUUGACUUGGGGAUGAACAAGGAUCCCCAAUCUCAAGAUCAACAUGAACCAGAUGUCAAAAUAUCUGCCAUAACCGGAGUUGGGUUGCAAGAAUUGCUACAAAUUAUAGAUGAAAGGUUGAAGAUCCUCGACAACAAGCAGAAGGUCAAAAAUGUUGUGGAGAAGGAUAUCUUUAAUCGAAAAUGGAGACCCCCUCGUAGUGAGGACGGUAGCAUAGCAGUUGAACAGUAGCAUGCAUUACAGGAUAUACUUGUCAUUUAUUUGUCGCAACUGAUAGUUGAAGGACCCGUUAUGGAACAAAAACUCAAAAAGAAAUGUCUAAGAACAUCUGAAUAUUGGUUGCAGGAAGCUGACUGUUGUGGUGGGUGAAAUUGCAUGCUUGAAGAGAGCCGGAUACAAGAGCACAAAUAGGACACUUUUUGAAAUAAGCCUACUUAGUUGUUCAUUAUGACUUAGACUACUCUCCUGUAGGUUAAUUUAUAUUGCAAUUGGUUAUGUUAUUUUAUAUCAUUCA